AUGAAGGAUAUCGAGUUGACCUACCAUGUUGCCUUGAAAUGCGAUCCAGAAAACGCUCCACGUAGCCACGACAUUCGCUCCCGGGCUGCGGAGUUCUGGGAAGAGGCUUGUUUGAAAAUGGAAGAGGAGCUAUAUCUACCGGAUUUAAACGAGUACUGUCCAGUAGCCGCCGGAUCCGAAGCUAUGUAG